CAAGCCGUCCACUCCGCAGCACCAUGAAGCCUGUGAUCAUUCUAACGGUGGUGGCAGCGAUCUUCGCCCACAAAGUUUCCAGCAGUCCUGCUCAAUCCCCCUGCGGGCAGGUUCGUGACGUUGGCUACAAACUGUACAGCCUCCGCAUCCCAAACACUUACGACGUGGUGAUCCUCCGCGACGAGCUGCUAGCAACAUACCAUAUGCUGCUCAACGAAGUCUGCAACAGUAGUGCCACCAACACUGCACACGUGCCCCAUUCCUCUUCCACCCUCGGACACGUUCACUAUUCCUCCUACAACCCGUCUGUCCUCGUGUCUCCCUCUCUCCAUGGUGACCACUACAGAGGCUAAUGGCUGGCCAGUACAGUACGCAAUGUGCCUGCGGGAGCAUCCACCAAUGAUCCUUCGUGGCAUAGUUCCUGACGACAACGCUCACUACAAAACACGAUCCCUAACCAAACUAUGUAUUUUGUCAUACUCAUGACCAACUCAAUAAAACUUAACCUGACAGAUCU